GCCGAAGUUGCACCCAUGUCGCGGAGAAGUAUCCGGGUACCUUCGCCGGUGGUAUGGGCUCUGGACAAGAACAGUAGCGGUAGCAACGCUGGUAAGAAAGCGGCCGUGCCUAACUCGAAUUAUGUGGUACCUCUAGACAACUCGCCCUGCUUUAUGCGCCCGCUAGAGGAGAUCCUCAGAGAUCUUAACAAGAGGGUCCCGAACAACAUUAUCAAGCCGAACUCCAAUUGCAUCCCCUGGUACCAUGCCAACAGGAUGUUGAGCUUCUAUGCUCCAGCAGGUUGGUGUGGAGAAGUUCGUGAUGUCAUAUUCUCUGACAGUGGAAGUGUGACUUUGGUUUAUCGUCUCACCAUACGUGGGUCUGAUGGAGAGGAUUUGACUUCUAGGAGAGCGAUUGGUAAGGGACGUGUGGUCGAUGGUCUCUACAUACUAGAUGAUGUUGCAGCUCUGAAGUCAAGUAGUACAACAAGUUUUGCACAUCGUGAAUCAACUGGGACAGUAUCGUCAAGCAACAGAAGUGUUGAAGAUCCAGUUGCCGCAGCGGAGGAAAUAGCUUUCUGCAGAGCCUGUGCUCGGUUUGGCCUCGGCCUGUAUUUGUAUCAUGAGGAUGAGACAGUAGAUAAAUGAACAUAAGCUUUUUUAACGUGUUAGAAAAAGCACCAAUACAGGCCAAUAUCGGCUUGUAUCAAUAUUUA